AUGCUCCAGGAAGAAGAGAUUCCACUGCAAGUGACUGAAACACCAGACUCGCCUGAAUACUAUCUUGAGUCAUUAUUAGCUGAGGCCUUUAAAGGGAAAGGGUUUCAGAAAAUAAGCGAAGCGUUACAGGAAAAGGAUAUUUAUCCUCAGAAGUACAGCAAACAACUAUUAAACCAACUGGACAAAGUUCUGAAAAAGGAACUGGACAAAAACAAAUUUUCAGAUGUUUCCUUGUUGCUGAAAUGCAUCCAGCUAUAUUGUAGAAGUGAUCCUCAGGAAGGUGUAAACCUGCUUCUUCAGCAAGGAUUGAUACCAAAGAUGGUCACUUGGUUUGAAAGAACUAGAGAAUUUCUGAGCCUGAUAGAGCCAAAAGAAAGUAAAUUCUUAGCAAAGCUUGUGGAAGACUUUUUUGACACAGCACUGGUCAUUAGCAAAAGCAAUGCUGAAGGGAAGAAACAGUUGCUUGAAUCCUUCAUACCGUACCUAGGACAUAUAGCUAUCGAACCUAAGGUGAACUGUGCCCUUCGACAGGAGGCUCUAAGAACCUUAAACACGCUGUUGGACAACGUAGCUCGGGAGGAACGGAAGAAGUUUGCAUUGUCUGAAGAGAUGUGUUCGCUUACGAAAGAACUUGCAAAAAUGAUUCUGGAUGUUGGAGACUAUGACAUCCAGGUUGCUAUUUUGGAAGCCCUGUUCAGGCUGAUGUUGAAAAAGUGGAGAGAUGACCUUGUUCACAAUUGGUUUGAAGAUAAGCACAUUGCUAAUGCCUUCAAAGAAAUCAAGGAUAGAGACUUUGAGACGGAUUGCAGGAAAUUUCUGAAUGAACUAAAUCAAAGACUUGGGGAUAAAAGAAGAGUGUUCUCAUUUCCUUGUAAAGCUGCUUAUGCUGACACAAAUAAGUUAUCAAAGCCAGCUGAUGAGAAAUUGGAGGAGUUUUGGGUUGACUUCAAUUGUGGAAGUGAGAGUGUGACCUUCUACUUAAAUAGCCCUGAGAGUGCUCUCUGGGAAUCUGUGAGAUUGCCAAAGGAAGAAGUCAGCAGUUAUUGUGUGGAAGAAGAAGGGGAAGAAAGGAUUCUUAAAAUGUGCUUGCAGAACCCCACUACAAUCAACAAAAAAGAAGUAACAAAGAUAAAAAUUCACUUCGAUAGCAAAUUUGAUAUUUCAAGCCCACUCAGUAAAAUAUCAGAAAAGGAUAAAAUGAUAAUACUGGAUAAAGCUGAUACCAAGAAUAGCAGGGAUCAGCCACAACAAUAUGGUGAGUUAGCAACCAAUUGUGCAGAGUGGAUAAAAGAUUCUGCAGGUACUGAUUCCUUAUCGGAUAUUUUUGGAUCACAGAGUGAUGAAUCCACUACUCUUAUGACCAAAAUGGCUACUCCUGUGGACGACUCUGCAGUUGAUAAAAGGCAACAGAUGGGACAAGAACAUGGCAGUCCUGGCCAAGCAUCCAUGGAUACAGCAGCAGUUUCUCUAAUGCAUGCAGCAGCUACAUUGAAAACUCCUCCACCAUUGCAACCUUCUCCCACGAAACAGAAGGAUAAGACUGUUGUCCACAGUGAGUCAAAUGCAGAAGUGGAAUCUGAUAUCCAGCCUGUAGAAAUACUCACUGUAGAGGAUAAUGAGAAAAGCAGAAAAAGAAGUUCAAGCAAAGAAAUGACAGAAGCAAAGAAGGAUGUAUAUGAAUUUGGAGACUUAUCUGACCCUGUGGCACACAAUAUGGUCACUGAAGUAAAACAUAAAGUCUUUGUCCGGAAGACCCCUUUGCACAGGAGUUUGGAAAAAGGAACAGCGGAAGUGCGCAAGGCUAAGCAAAAGCAGUCUGCUGGUUACAAGAAACAUCUCUUCUCUGAAAGCAACCAUGAAACUCCAAGCAACAGUGCUAGUGAGAAUGACUGGAUCCUUGACUCUCAGAAAAAAUCUGAGCCCAAAACUAUUGACUAUACUCGUAGAAGGCCAAAGGUCAGAAGCAAUUUAAAAGUGUUGCCAUUGUCUUCUCCAAGUAGUAGCAGUGAUCACAAUGCAAAGAAAGUUGGGAAUUCAUCCAAGCUCAGUGAAAUGGCCAAGAGAAGAAGAAGCACAAGGAUAAACAGCUUCUUAGCAGAGCAGCAAACUGAUGGCUUGGAAAUGGCAGAUGUCACUCUGCCAGUAAGGGGUGCCUCUUCCCUUGAUGACUCAGAUGCCAGUGGAAGCAAGAACUGUGAUGGCGCAGCCAGUACUCUGCCUCUGAAAGACCAGGUCUCUAAAUCUAAGCGCAAACUCACAGGAUUCCUAAGUGGUCUCCGUGAGAAGCGACUGAAAGGCACUGAGAGGAAAUCUAGUAAUGAGCAGUCUUCUAGCCUUUCUUUUGAACCCAAACGACUUUUUGAUUCCAUGGAGAAAGAAGAGGAAAGUUGUAAAGGGGAAACUAUAGAAGAUAAUGUAUCCCGCACAUUCCAGGAAGAAGUUGGUGAUUCUGGUGUUAUUGCUGCAUUUGAGACCUUCACAAAUGAAUUGAAGAAAACAUUUUGGUCUCGGUACAAGAGGAUAAAGAUUCACACGCGAAAUACCUUGAAGACCCCUGAACAGAAUGUGUUGGCGUUAUUGAAUCAGCUACACCAGUGCCGGCUGAAGGAACUGGAAAACUUCCACAGGAUUGUUGUCAAGGAACUAGACAAUCUGGAGAAGAGAGCUCGGUUUCUUUCAAGCCUUGAGAAGGAUACAGUGGAUACAGUCCAUGGAUGCAGGGCCAGAUGGAGCAGCAGUGAAUGUAAAGGAGGCAGUCCCAAAUGUUCAGAGAAAAACACCUUGAAUGUGACAAAACAGGAGCCUUGCUGUGUUUUAUGGAUUAAAGAUUCUUUUAUUCCAACGUAUGAUUUCAUUGACUAG